CUAUGGUCUAAUUUAGAAAUAUGGCGACGUGCUUAAAUUUGAUAUUACCAAAUUGAUAUCGACCUAAGUUGAUUUGAGAGUACAGAAAGACAUAAAUUGUUAAUUUUUUCUUUUCUAUUUUUUCUUUUUAAUAUAUGAUUCUAAUUUCUAUCUCUAAAUAUCACGUGUAUGAUUUUAAUCGUAAGAAAUUGAAACGGAAAUAAUGUUUAACACAGGAUGGAAUUGUUUCAAACAAAUAACAAGGAGCGCCAAAAGUUUAUCUUUGCGAAAGCCGAAGGCUAAGCGGUUCAAGCUUAAAACUUUACCAAUUUUCCAAUAUUCAAUAAGCAAACAGGAUGAACAUAGAGUGUAUGCAUGGGGUCUUGCUCACCAUGGUGCUCUUGGAGAUAAUACAGUGUUGAAGUGGAAGAACGUUUCACAGAUCAGCAGGCCAAAAAGAUUACACUUUGCUGAAAUACAUGAUGUAGUGGAUAUUGCUUGUGGAUAUGGUUUCACAGCUUAUGCUGUACAAUCUUCAGACAAAAAUAUUGUUUAUGGUACUGGCAUAAACACAGAUUCACAACUUGGUUUCUGUAAACAGGAUGAAAAAUUGCCUGACAAUGUGAUAUUUCUUCCAAGGCCAAUAAAUCUACUGCUUAAAGAUGACAAGACAAAAGUUUUAAGCAUGGCUGCAGGAAGAGCACACUUGUUAAUACUGACCACAGAAGGUUUGUUCACUCUUGGUAAUAAUGCAUAUGGCCAAUGUGGUAGACUAAUUAUAAUGAAUGAAAAUUAUGAGAGAAGUUCUGUUAUCCAUCACAUACCUGACAUUAAAGGACACAAGAUUACUGCAGUGACAGCUGGUCAAGAUCACAGCAUACUCUUGACAGAGACAGGUGAGGUAUAUACAUUUGGAUGGGGUGCUGAUGGACAAACAGGCCUAGCACAUUAUCAAAAUGAAUAUCAACCAAGUUUAGUUAAAGGUGAUCUGGCAGGACAACACAUAAUAAAAGUUGCUUGUGUUGCUGACUGUGUAUUAGCUCUUAGUGAUAAAGGAAAAGUUUUUGGCUGGGGUAACUCAGAGUAUGGACAAUUACUAGUUGAAGAUAAUUACCAAAUAAAUAUUCCCAUAGAAUUAGAUAUGUUCAAAGACUUUGGACGUAUUAUAGAUAUUGCAGCUGGUGGAUGUUUCUGCAUGGUUUUAAACGAUGCUGGCUAUGUUUAUGUAUGGGGAUAUGGUAUACUGGGUUUUGGACCUGAGGUACAGAAAAUACCUAAACCAACACAAAUCCCACCUACAUUGUUUGGCAACAAUAUAUAUAAUCGUGACGUCAAGGUAACAAAAAUAAGUUGUGGAGUUAAUCAAUUAGCCGCAUUGACUAGCUCAGGAGAUUUAUUUAUGUGGGGCAUCAAUAAAUUUGGAUGUUUGGGAUUAGGACAUACAAAAACUCAAUUUUUCCCUUUAAGGGUUUCAGUAGGAGCUCAAGUGAAAAAAGUUGUCUGUGGGAUAGAUCAUACAGUGGCUCUAUGCAAACCUUUUAUUUAAAAAAGAAUACAACACCGUAUAUGUAUAUAAUAUUAUAUACUAAUAUUAAAUGUUGAUUUAUUUAUGUAAGCGAGUUUACAUAAUACUUUCUUAUUUUAAUAGUUCUAACAUUGUAUAUAAAAGUAAUUAAAUGUCUACAAAAUA